AUGAACAAUCGUAUGACGGUAAUGUCGGCAAGCGCCACUAACAUUUUGAGUGCAGCACCUGAAGUGGGCAGUUGGGCUGAGGCAGUCGAACAAGACACCCUUCAAAACAAUGAAGUGAAUGAAGAUGGUGUGAAAACCGUUGUUGCCUAUAUUGAGGAAGACGGAGCUAGGUAUAAGGUAGUGACCCAGUUCAAGGUAAUUACGAAGAAUGUUCCACGAGUGGUAGCUGAACGCAAGAAACUGAAGAAAUUUGGACUAUGCCGUGAUGAACCACCAGGGCCACAGGUAUCAUGGUCUUUUUCAAAUUUUGCACUUGCCGGAUGUCCUUGCGACAAUUUCACUCGUUUUUUUUCUCAAUGAAG